AUGCAAGACUGGCAUGGAUCCUUAAUGCUCAAACAUGCAAUUUGAGGAUAGACUUCCACGACCAAAAACGUGAAGAUAAAAAAGAAAACAAAAAUCUUGAGUGGAGUAAUAGAGACCAUUUUUAUGAUGAAUAUGGACUUGAGAAGAAAUGA